AAUUUUGUAUUGAAAUAGGCUAUUGUUGAAGCUGUGAUAUUGAAAAUGUCUGGAAAUGAAGAUCAAAAUCUUGAGUGCCCUUUAUGUAUGGAGCCAUUAGAAAUGGAUGAUAUUAAUUUUUUCCCAUGCACAUGUGGCUAUCAGAUAUGCAGAUUUUGUUGGCAUCGAAUAAGAACAGAUGAGAAUGGACUGUGCCCAGCAUGCCGAAAGCAAUAUCCAGAAGAUCCUGCAGAUUUUAAGCCUUUAACACCAGAAGAGCUUUACAAUUUAUGGCAGAUAGAGAAAUUUUAAAUGACACAACAGCGGAAAAAUAAGUUGUUAGAAAUAAGCCGCUAUUUGCUGAAUUACAGAGUUGUUCAGAAAAAUCUUGUUUUUGUGGUUGGAUUACCACCAAGAUUAGCUGAUCCUGAAGUACUGAAAAAAAAUGAUUAUUUUGGGAAAUUUGGUAAAAUACAUAAAGUUGUUGUAAAUCAUAGUACAUCAUAUGCAGGUUCACAGGGUCCAAGUGCCAGUGCUUAUGUAACAUAUUAUAAAGCAGAAGAUGCUCUUAGAGCAAUACAUGUAGUUAAUAACAUUCAUGUAGAUGGAAGAACAUUAAAAGCUUCUCUAGGAACAACAAAAUAUUGUAGUCAUUUCUUAAAAAAUCAACAGUGUCCCAAACCAGAUUGCAUGUAUCUUCAUGAAUUGGGUGAUGAAGCUGCUAGUUUCACUAAAGAAGAAAUGCAACAAGGGAAACAUCAAGAUUAUGAAAAAAAAUUACAUGAACAGAUUGUUGGUGGUAGUAUAAAUAGAAAAAACACUUCAUCUCCCACUAAUCAAUCUUGUACAAUUCAAACUAACCAAAAAGAAGGCUGGCCGAUAUUACAACUUGGAAAGAUAGAAAACAGACCAAAUGGAUUAAAUGAAACAAUUUUGAAUUCACAUGCAGUAACUAAUCAUAAAAAUGAACAGAAAAGUAACAGCCAAAAUAAUAAAAACAGACAUUCUUCAGGAGAAGAUUUUUAUAAAGGGAAUGUAAGAGACAGUUCUUCAGACAGAGGUUCACAGAAAUCAAAUAGUUCAAGAUCAUAUAAUAGAAGUAGCAGUAGGGAAGAUAUGACAUCUCGAAAUACAGUUUCUCCCAGUUCAAUAUGCCAAAGUCAAAAUGCAACUGUAAAUUCAAAUAAUUCUUCCAUUGAUUCUGUAAAUCAAUGUUGUGAUAAUGGUUUUUCAUUAAACAAUGCUAAUAUACAAAGAGAUUCGGAUGGGGCAACUCAGGGUAAAUAUUGCGAUAAUCUCCAUUAUGAGUCACAGUCUUCUCAUAGUCUACCGCCAAGUCAUGUAAAUGCUAAAUUAGAUACAGAUGUACAGUUAUGUGUUGAUAAUAUAUCCAGAUCAUCUCCACCUGGAAAUUUUUCACAGAGUCCUCUUCAAAGCCCUGUUAGCAUACUCCACAGAAAUUUUGGACCUACUGUACAGUUAUCUACGUUGCAUAGUUCCCAAUCAAUGCCUAAUUGGACAAAUAGAGGAAUUCAACUAGAUGAUCAUCGUAUCUUAAAUCAGGGCAUGACUUAUGUAAAUUCUAUAUCACCUUUAGGUUGCAGAACAUUGCCAAUUCAUUCCUUACAAGGACAGGAAUCAAAUUCUACAAUCAGAACUGUAAAUAUGAGUACAGGAAACAGUAAUUCAUGUCAUUCAAUAAAUAAUGAUUGGCAAGAUAAUGAUUCAAGAAUUUUUGCUAAUAAAUUCUCUAAUAAUACAGAUAACAAUAUUAUGAAUAAUUGUACAGAUUGGUCAACAUAUGGCAUAAAUGUCUCUCCAAAAUCUCCAGAUGAUGAAUUAGGGUUUGAUCCAUGGGAUGAAUCUUCCAAAGGGUUGGCAGAUUUGUUAGAAAAAGAAGCAGUUCAGAGAACAGAAAAUAACUUAAGUGCCACACACAGCAAAAUAUCCCUAAAACAAAUGAAUGUACCUGUAAGCCGAACGAAUAAUGCAUUUUCUAAUCAUUUUUUGGAAACAUCACAGAUUCCUCAGAGAAGGAUAGCACCACCACCACCAGGAUUUACAACAAAUCAUCUUAACAAUUGUACUUCUGUGCCAAGGCCCCCGUUUGGUAGUUGUGAACGUUUGUUUGGAGGAGGAGCACCAGAUCAUUCAAAUUCUCCAAUGGUAUCUGUAAUGAAUACACCUCGCAACCAUCAUGCAAUAGUCAAUGGGCCACACAAUUGUUAUCAAGAAAGAAGUUUACAUCAACAUAUGAGUUUAUUAAAUCAUUCAAAAUCUGUUGCAGCUCCUAAUAUGUCAUCAUUGAGGCAUAAGGAUUGGCAAGAAGGUUUAAGAACUCUUUUGCCAAAUAUGAAUAUGGGGUUUGUAAAUCAUACUUCUCAGCAACCAGCUCCAUCGUUGGUGCCUCCUAGCCAAAAAACUUCUCUGUGGAAUUCUGCAUCAUCAGAAAUGUCCUGGAUGGCACAGGAUACAUAUUCUUCAGAUGGUAAGUCUGAUUUAUAAUUAAUUAGUAUUUAG